CAAGCACACAGAACUCCCCGGACGUUCAGAGCAAUCAGAACCACCAGACAGCAAUCAAAGGAUACCCAACAGCCCACUCAGGAUUUAACAGACAUAAACUAGUUUACACCGACAAAACACCAUGGAUCUAAAGCACUUGUACUCGUGGGUCUGCCUGCUGGUCAGCAUCGUCAUCUGCAAGGUGUCCCAGACCAGUGCCAAGCCCACCUACUACGACCUGGACAGCUACGAGGCCUACGACACCGACCGCUACGACUCCAACGGCGACUCCUCGUACGCCCUGACCUACGGGAAGCCGCUCACCGACAACCGCCUCAAGAAGCUGAGCCCGGGUUACUACUACGUGGACGACGGCUACAUCGCCCCCGUGGCCGCCAGUGCGGGCUACACCCGCCGCGAGGACGUCCAAUCCGAGGGCGGGGCCCUGCCCCACAACGUAAAGUUCACCCCGAUUGUGCGCGUGCGGCAGACCAAGACUAAGCGCAAGAAGCUCUUCGUGCCCAACUUCUUCGGCUAGGAACUGGAGGAGUCCACCCGGUCCUCCUGCCGGGACUGAGAGUACAGACUGAGGAUGAUUAGCGUAGGCUUAGCUGUAGGAUAGUCGCGUGGCUACCACACCAAAAAGUACCUUAUACUUAUACUAUUACCUAUUUUAUACGUGUCGAAUUGAUGACCGAAUUAUAUUUAAACACCAAAAACCUACUAAAUAUAUGAAAACAUUUAUGAAAAUA